AUGUUGACUAUGGACGCGGAUUUAAAAGGUGGCAAUCUCCACGGGCAGAUACCGCCACAUCCACACCAAGGAGUCUCGCCAAUGAGCCACCACGCGAGCAUGUCUCCGUACGGGUCCUUGGGACCGAUAGUCCACAGCCAGGCCCUUUCUUCAGGCAGUCCGCCAAACUCUGCGGCCCUGAGUGCCUUAACUCUGCAUCACCACCAGCAGCAACAACACUUUGCGUCAAUGCAGGCGAUGCAGCAGCAGCAACAACAGCAACAGCAGCAGACGAUGCAUUCCCUGGCCCAGCACUCGCACCAGCAAGCGCAGCAGCCACCCCAACCGGCCCAGCAGCAGCACCAGCCGACUAACAAUAACAACAACAACAACAGCAAAAACAACAACGUCGACCGGGUGAAGCGCCCGAUGAACGCAUUCAUGGUCUGGUCCCGCGGGCAGCGUCGCAAGAUGGCCCAGGAGAAUCCCAAGAUGCACAAUUCUGAGAUCUCCAAGCGGCUGGGAGCCGAGUGGAAGAUGCUGAGCGAGGCAGAAAAGCGGCCGUUCAUCGACGAGGCCAAAAGGCUCCGGGCUGUCCACAUGAAGGAACACCCGGACUACAAGUACCGGCCCAGAAGGAAAACAAAGACCCUUCUCAAGAAGGACAAGUACCCGAUGGCGAACGCCAACGCGGGUCUCAUCAACAUGGACCCCAGGCAGGUGAACCCUUCGAAUCCGGCCCAGCAGUCUCAGAUUCCCAGGGACAUCUACAACGGGUACAUGCCCAACGGGUACGUGAUGCACGAUGGUUCUGCCUAUCCGCAGCAUCCCUAUGCAGGACACCUGGCCGGGUACCAGAGGUACGAAAUUCCUCCCCACAUGGCCGGCGGCAACUCCAGUCCGUUGAACAGCUACGUUAACGGAUAUGCCAACUACGGAGGCGCCAUUCCUGCAGGCUCGCCCUCUCCUUACCACUCGGCCCAACCUGGCUCCCAGAUGUCCAGCCACAGUCCCAGCGGGAGCAGCAUCAAAUCCGAGCCGACGAGUCCUGCCAGUGCGGGAAUCCACACUCCGACGCCGAUCAGCUCUGCACCUGGGUCUCAGGUCAAGAGAGAGUAUCUCGCUCAGCAGAAUCCUUCUCAGGGUGGUGACAUCAGCCAAAUGAUCAGCAUGUACUUGCCUCCCAAUAAUCAGGCUGAACAGCGAAUUCAGCACAAUCCUGGAGGAGUUUACUCGCCCGGACCUGGACCAUCGCCGGACUCUUUGAUACCGCACCACACCGGAAUGCCAGUUUCACUCAACCACCACCACAUGUAA